UAUAAAGACAUGUGAUAUCCUGAUCAUAGUGUGUGUGUCAACCGCUAUUCGCAUCGAUUUAUUUUUAUGUUUCAUAUUCAGCAACACAUUUUUAUAGUCAAAUAAGGACUUUAUCUAUUUGAUACAUUCAAUGGUAUGGCUGACAGAACAUUAUAUACAGAUAACACAUCAUCCGAUUUCGAAGCAAGUCGAGAGAAUGAUAAAAUAUCCAAUAUUCAAGCAUUGCAGGCAAAUUCUAUGUUUUCAACUUGGUUCAAUUAUUUGGAAAUAGAAGAGCAAGAAACACUAAAACAAGCUAGAGAUUCCACAAGAUUAUUUCAUAAUGAAAGUUCUAAGUCUACAGUUUAUUUGAAUAUGUUGCGACAAUACCCAAACUCGCCAACAGCGAUCAACUACACCAAAUCGUUGCUUCAUUUUAUGCGAGCUCUACACAUAUUAAAAGACUACAAAAAGGAUACAGUUGAAGAUAUUGAAGACUGUGAAACACUUUCCCAAGCUUUUGCGAAUAUCGUAAAUGGAUACCUUUAUGAAAACAGUAUGUUCGAACCAUUUCAACCACCUGAUACUAUGUGUGUUCUUGUUGACAAGUAUCUUAGUUUCAGACCUAAGAAUAUAUGUGCUGAGUACGUCAAAAUUAUCAUUCAAAUGAGAGCGUCGUUCAAGUCGGAGAAAAGAAAACGUAAUCUUUUGUCAGAAUUUGAAUCGGCAAAACUACGCAUAACAACCUUAGAAAUGUUUGCAUUGAAACUCAAAAAGAAUAAACAAGUAGACUGUCGCCCAUUCAACCAACGAGUUCUAAUCGAUGUAUAUUAUCAUCUUGGUGCAAUGUACGUAUCUACAAAACAACCAUCGCGCGCUCUUGAUUCUUUCCAGAAAUGCCACGAUUUAGACGAUACAAAUUUUAGUGCUCUAUUUGGAAUAGCAUAUCAUCUUAGAAAAAGUGAUCCAGCAAAAGCUAUCGAGUUAUUUCAGACAUAUAUUAGUAUGGCUCCGAAAUGUGAUAAACAAUAUCCAAAUGCUUAUUAUUUGAUUGCGUCUAUAUAUUGCACUCAGGGACGUUUUGAAGAGGCAACUCGGUAUGUGUUUUUAGCAGAAGAUGCGGAGAAAAAUCGUCUACCAUUCUUGCCGCCUAUUUCAAUACCACAGAAAAGGAAAAUGCAGCACUUAAAAUUUAAUUCCGCACAGAAAACAAUAUUGAAAAAAACAAAUUUAAUCGAAUGAAAAAUAUAUCUGAUAAAGUUUCUACGUAUACAUGUAUGCUAGAUUAAAUAUUACUAUAGGGAGACAUAUUUCAUAGUUUAGAGAAAGAUCUUAAUGACAAGAAUUAAAUAUGAAAUCUGUUUGUAUAUAUAGUAUCAUAUUGCCAGCACUUCACCGACAGUCAAGAAUUUUUUUUGUUUAAAAAACGCUGCAAUAUCUCAUACACACAUGAAAUAAAUUAGAAUCAUUUAGAAAUUAGAAAAUGUUACAUAUAUACAAAUGGACAGCUCUACAUUACAGACAAAACGAUGCACUAAAAUUGUGACUCAUAGUUGUUAAUUGCUGUUUCAUUUUGUCUUUUGAGAAAAUUUGUCUCAUUUGCAAUCAUACUACAUCUUCUACGUGUAGUUUAGCAAUGACUGCUAUUGUUGCACAAUAUUUAUUCUUUUUAUAUAAAAUGUCAAAAACGAUACGUUUAAAACAAUAUGUUUUCCAAUUUCUUAAAAUAGUUUGAAAGUUACCGAUUUCCAUCAACAGAGUAAUAUUUUGUUACAAAUUAAUUUAACACUUCUGACGAAAAUUUCAAUUUAAUUCAUUACUGAGAAAAUCGUUUUUUUUUCUUUCUAAUGCAUUUAAAUAUAACUAAAUUGUGUAUGUUACACGUCUUCUAAUUGCUUGAAUUGUUUUUUUUAUCAGUCCAAAGACUUAAAUUAGUGAUGUAACUGACUUCAUCAACACGUUUUUUUUAUGAUCUUCUCCUUAAAAAUGGAAUUUUAAGUUAAAUUGUAUGAAAUGAUUUAAUUAUUUUUUUAGCUGUCUAUUCAUAAUGAUAUUAACAAUAUGGUAUACAAUAAAAUAAUUCGCUACGCGUGUUUUUCAGUGUGAAGAAUUUUAUUUAUGUUAAUUCUUCGUAAAUAGAAAAAAAAUCACAGUCAUUCCCUAAAUAUGUCUUAAAGAUAAUUAUAUGUAUAAUAUGUCAUAUAUCGUAAGUUUAGAAGUGGUUAGAUGAUUGUUUGUUUUUGUCAUCACAAUGUUUGACAGUUUUAUAAGCGUUGAAACUGAACAAUAAAGGAAUGUGUUUUGAAAUUCCUCCCCAGCAAGAAAAAAUAUACGAAACUUGUCUAUGUUGUCAAUCAACACAUCGAUGUUUUUCACCGGUAUGCAAUAAAUAAAUGAAAUAUG